AGUUUUACAUGAUAUCAAAACUUAAAUAGAAUUAAUUGAUGACGCUGUGGCCACAGUUCAAAAAUUUUACAACGAGGAGUGGCAGUAUUUAGGCAAACAAAUCAUUACAUUGCCCUGAUUGACAGGGUACAUGACCCAGGGCACCGGUUACCGGCUGUACAUGCAUGUUUCGUUGCAGGAAAGACUGUUCACUUGACCAUAAUGGCGAAUCUCGUGCAGCCAAGUGAUAUCCUGAAGGAAUUGGUGUUGAAAAUCACAACAUCAAAGAGGCGAGAAAGAGAAAGAAUCCUUCUGGCUGUGACAUCACUUUUGGAGAAUGGAAAAGAUGUUCAAGACAAUACCGUAAAAGGAAUACUGAAGACCCUUUCACUAACCCUGUCAAGGUAUCAGGACAAGAAAUCGCGACAGUAUGUGGCGAAAGUUCUUGUAUCUCUGGCGUCCAGCAACGGUCCGGCGACGCUGUCCUGCAUGACCAGUGUCCUGUCCGAAAUCAAGCAGACGUCGGUUGCAACUCAGUCGACGUCGCGCCUAUGCCUCAGCGCUCUCGUGUGGACGGCCAUCGUCUGUAGAAGCCUGUUCAAGAGCGCGGAUGAUUGUAAAGAGCAGUCGUUCACCAAACUGGUGGCGCUACAAGCACAGUUACUGGACGGGAGUCUCGCGGCGCGUAAGAGCGUUCUCUCGAAGAGCGCCUACAACAAACUACGACGAAUAUGGAAGAUGGUGCCGGGGACGGCUGAGCUGUACGGUGAUGCGAUGCUAGCCGGCGACGCCGGGAUGAGCGGAGUCUGCAUGCUGGCGUGUCUCAUGCGAUUCUGGAGCGAGACGAAGAACGUUGCUGCCAUCAGCAACUACAAGAAGCGUUUCCUUGAGGUGUACAUUAAGGUUGUACUGAGCAGCAAGACUAGACCACCGGUGCACAUCCUGGAGUGGAGCAAGUGGCUGCUGCGGCAUGCCACUCACGAGGAGUUCAAGGGCAUCUUUCUCCCCGCCGUGACGAAGGCAAUGCUCAGAAGUCCUGAGAUCAUUCUCGAAGGCGUGGGUCAUCUGUUGUCCGGACUUUCCAUUGACCUGAGUGCGUAUGCAUCCGACCUGGGAAAAAACAUCGGAACGAACCUCUACUCGAAGGACGAGGGGAGUCGCGAGGAAGCGUGCGUCGCCACCAAGCAUCUCGCGAAGCAGUGCAGUGAUCCGGAUGCCAUCGAAUCGCUCACACGCCACUACUUCAGCAUCUUAAACGGAGCCGAGGGUAAGUUGUCGUUGGCGGCGCAGCGUACGAGCGUGCUGAGCGGCAUCGGCAGCCUGUCGAACAACGCGGUGGCCGGGAGCGCGACUCAGAGCCUCACCGCGGCCGUCGCCGACAUGUUCGUUCCUCUGCUGCAGCAGGAAGUGCACGAGGGCACGCUGGUGCACGCGCUGGCGCAGCUGUCAGCGUGGUGCGAGCGAUUCACAACGCGCGUGCCGGACAAGCUCGUAGCGUUCUUUCGCACCGGCAUCGCGCUCAAGUCGUCGACGUCGCCCGUGCGAAACGCCUACCUGCUCUGCAUGAACGCAGCCUUCUCUCGUCGGGACGCCCUGCCUCAGGCCAGGGAGCUGCUGCCAGUGCUGCUGAAGACUGUAGAGAAGGCGGCCGGUCAGUCGAACCAGAUGCUGCUUGUGACGGAGGCCGUAUCGGCGUCGCGAAUCCUCGUCAAGCUCGCUGCCGUCUACGACGACAUAGAUAACGAACUGACGACUUUCUGGAGCACGAUACUCGACCCCAAGAAGCAGCUGCUGGUGUCGGAGAAGUACCUGCUAGCGGCGGGCGACGACGCCGCGUUAUACGGCCUCACCCGCCUCGUCGAGUCUCUCGUCAUGGCCCACCCGCAGCGCAUGGACGCGCACAUCGCGAAGCCAUUCUACCGUGCAGUCGUCUACGCGAUGACGCGGUCGUCGUGGCAACUGCGGUCGUCUGUCGCCGCGAGCGUGCGCAAGCUGAUGUCGUCGCUAGGGGGCGCCAGCCUCGCCCUGUCCUUCCUGGCGGAGUUCAAGGACAUGCUGGCCACGCAGAAGAUCGGCUACGACCUUGUGAAGGCAGACGCCUGCGACCCUGACGACCGCGACGCGCAGAGCAAGCGCGCGGGACGCAUCCUCGCCGAGGCCAACGCCGCGUUCGCCGCCGUGCCCGACCUCACCGCCCGCGACGCCGACCUCAUCGCCAUGGAAACACUGCUGACGGCCCACCACCCCCUCGUCGUCAUGGAGAAUCCAGACCUGUGGACGGACGUGCUGUGCUUGAUGCGCGUGGACGCGGGCGAGUUUGUGUCGCGGCACGCUGACGCCAUUGUCGUGAUGCUCGACGCAGAACCCACGCUCGACGAGACGUGGCGUAACGUGAUCGCGACGCUCGCCCGCGUGUCGCCGCGAGCCGCCAUGCCGAAGCUCGUCGAUCACGUGAUCAGUUGCCUUGACGACGUCGGCGCGCAGCAGAUAUCGCUCGCCGACUACGCCGUCUACAUGACACCAGAGGGCGACGUCUACGACAAGUCCGUGAUCGAGAGCAUCAAGGAUGAGGACCAGAAGGGCAACAUCAAGCGAGAGAGCAAGGUGUAUAGCUACAAGGAGCAGCUUGCUGACUUAGAGCUACGAAAGGAGCUGGAGAAGAAGAAGAAGAAUAAGGAGGAGAAGCCCCAGCUGAGUAAGAAGCAGCAGGAGAUGCUGAAGCUGCAGCUGGAGAAGGAGAGUCGCACGCGCGCCAAUCUCAAGAAGCUUGAUGUGCGACUCUCGAAGUCGAUGGGCAUCGUUAGCGCGAUCGUCGACGGCAACGCAGGGGGCGCCGCCGUGCACCUGCCACGGCUGCUCGAGGGGCUGCUGCGGCUGUUGCCGUCACCGCUCGCCGCCCCCCACGCGACACGCGCCUUCCUGCAGCUCUCUGCAUGCGAUUACACGGACGACCUCAAACACCUCGGUGACCUGAUCGGUCACGUGACGCUGCGUAUGCUGGAGCCGGCGUGUGAGCUGGACAGCUGGUGGUGCCAGGAGGCGCUGCAGACAGCCGUGCGACGCGCCGUCGCCAUCGUACACGCGACGACCGCUGCGGACAAACACGCCGAGAGAUUCUCCGCCCCAGGUUUCGCGUACUGCCUUCCGCUGCUGGAGAGUGUACUGAGGCGCGGCGCGCGCGGCGGUGGAGGCCGACGAGAAAUGUCCUCUGCCCAGGCCCUGAAAGGUCAUCUCACGCACGGCAAACCUACUCGCAACCCGGACGCUGAUACCGACGACGACGAUGAUGACGAAGCUAGCGUGGUGAGCACAGCCAAUGGCCCGGUACCUGUUGCCGCGCCGACAGAUGCUGCCGCAGCUGCUGACGGCACGUGUCGCUACGAGCGCCGGCCGCCUCCACCAGAUUGGCGUGCAAGGCCAAUGCUCGAACGGCCGUGUGUGGCGAGUGGCAUCGACGGCUGCGCCAGCGCCACCCAGGGGAGAUCGACGUACUACUGGCUUGGCCUGCAGUCUCCGCUCUCACCGUCAGGAGAAACGGCUCUUCAGGAGAUGGACGAGGAGCAGGGCAUGCGACUCGUGCAGAGAGUCUGGGUCGUCAGGCACGAUGAGGAGGAACGACGAAGCGAUCCAGAUCCUCGCUCUCAGCCGCACUUUCCACAUGCGCUGUGGGACGAGACGGGGAUGAGCGUUGCCGCGGCGAUGUGUUCGCGACUCAUCGACGACGUGAUCCACGACGAGGGAGUUGUUCGCCGCGCCGCCGCCGAGGCGAUGUCUCGCGCGCUAGAGCUGCACCGCGGCCGGCAUGGACGCCGCCCUCAGCGCCAUCUACAACACGUACGCCACCAAGCUCAAGGUACGUUCACUGUCGGUGGCGACGCCGACGCCGCCUUGGUGGUGCCACCAGUACUCGAUCAGUUUGGCCGACUCGUGGCGGAGAAGGUGGACGAGUGGCCGGCCAGAAGUGGUCUGGCUCUGACCAUUGGCAAAUUGUCUCUUAUCUCACCGAAGACCAAAUCGCUUUUCACGUUCUUCGUGGAGGAGGGGUUGGCUGAUAGAAACGAGGAGGUUAGGAAUCACAUGCUGAUGUCCGCGGUCGUUGUCAUCACGGAUCACGGCAAGGAGUGCGUGAACCUGCUGCUGCCGGUGUUUGAGGAUUUCCUGGACAAGGCUCCGCCGUCUGGUCGCUUCGACGCUGUACGGCAGAGCGUCGUCAUCCUGAUGGGAUCGCUCGCUCGUCACCUUGACACCGACGAUCCCAAGGUCAAACCGAUCGUCGCCAAGCUGAUAGCAACGCUCACCACGCCGUCACAGAAGGUACAGGAGGCCGUAGCAAACUGCCUGCCCCCUCUCGUGCCAGCCAUCAAGGCCGAGGCGCCAGAACUCGUGAAGAAGUUGCUCCAACUGUUGCUGGAAUCGGAAAACUAUGCCGAGCGCAAAGGGGCUGCGUACGGACUCGCAGGCCUGGUGAAGGGGCUGGGCAUCCUCGCCCUGAAGCAGCUAGAGAUCAUGCCGCAGUUACAGGAAGCUAUACAGGACAAGAAGAACUACAAGCACCGAGAAGGAGCGUUGUUUGCGUUUGAGAUGCUCUGUCACAUGCUGGGACGACUGUUUGAACCGUACAUCGUCCACGUGCUGCCCCAUCUCCUGCUCUGCUUCGGAGAUGCAAAUCAGUUUGUGAGAGAGGCGGCAGAUGAGACGGCCAAGGAGGUGAUGAGCAAGCUGAGUGCACAUGGAGUCAAGCUGGUGCUGCCCUCUCUACUCGCCGCGCUGGAGGAAGAAUCAUGGCGAACAAAAACCGGUUCGGUGGAGCUUCUGGGAGCGAUGGCGUUCUGUGCUCCCAAGCAGCUGUCGUCGUGUCUGCCUAGCAUCGUGCCGAAGCUCAUUGAGGUUCUCUCCGACUCUCACGUCAAGGUGCAGAAAGCCGGAGCGCAGGCACUCAAGCAGAUCGGAAACGUCAUCCGCAACCCCGAGAUCCAAGCCAUCGUUCCCGUGCUACUCGGCGCGCUGCAGGACCCAUCUAAGAAGACGUCGACGUCUCUGCAGACGCUUCUCGAGACGAAGUUUGUUCACUUCGUUGACGCUCCGUCUCUCGCGCUCAUCAUGCCUGUCGUGCAGCGCGCGUUCCAGGACAGGUCAACCGAGGUCAGGAAGAUGGCGUCGCAGAUCAUGGGCAACAUGUACUCGCUCACCGACCAGAAGGACCUGGCCCCCUACCCACCAUUUGCGCUGGCGGAUGAGUCAGAGUUUGUGCGAGAGACAGCACUGCGGGCGGGUCAGCGUAUCGUACACCUGUACGCAGAGACAGCCAUCGAACUGUUCCUCCCUGAGCUGGAGAAGGGUCUGUUUGAUGACAACUGGAGGAUUCGCUACAGCUCCGUACAGCUGCUGGGUGACCUGCUAUACAAGGUGUCAGGCGUUUCGGGUAAAAUGACAACAGAAGGUGACGAAGAUGACAACUUUGGAACUGAGACAUCACAGAAGGCGGUCAUGGAGAUCCUCGGCUCAGACCGGCGUAACCGCGUGCUCGCCGGGCUCUACAUGGGUCGGUCUGACGUCGCGUUGCUCGUGCGUCAGUCCGCGCUGCACGUCUGGAAGGUCAUCGUCACCAACACGGCGCGCACGCUGCGCGAGAUCCUGCCCACGCUCUUCCAGCUGUUGCUAGGCUGCCUGGCCAGCCAGAGCUACGACAAGCGACAGGUGGCAGCACGUACGCUGGGUGACCUAGUGCGUAAGCUGGGCGAGCGGGUGCUGCCUGAGAUCAUCCCGAUACUGGAGCGCGGGCUGGAGUCGCCGCAGCCCGACCAGCGGCAGGGGGUCUGUGUCGGCCUCAGCGAGAUCAUGAAGAACUGCAGCCGAGAGAUGAUAACGACCAACAAUUAUCGAUUAACUACACUAAUGACGACGCUGCCGCCGCUCCCGCAGGUGCUGGAAUACAGCCAGCAGGUGGUGCUGGCGGUCACCGACGACGACGGCGUCCGCAUCGUGCUCGGUGAGCUGCUCGAGGUGACGCGCUGCCAGCAGGUGGCGCUGCGUCGCGGCGCGUGCACGCUGCUUCACGCGUUCUGCUCGCAGACUCGCGUCGACUACUCCGCGCAUGUGCCGCAGCUGAUCGGCGGACUCGUUAACCUGCUGCGGGACGACGAUCCACAGGUGCUGCAGAUGAGCUGGAACGCCCUGUCUGCCGUCACCAAGACGCUGGACGCGGCAGAGCAGCUGCAGCACGUCACCACGCUGCGGCAAGCCGUCCGCUUUGCCAUCCUCGACUUCAAGAAGGAGCUGCUUCCCGGAUUCUGCCUGCCGAAGGGCCUGACACCGAUCCUACCCAUCUACAGGGAAGGCAUCCUCAACGGUCCGCCCGAACUCAAGGAGCAAGCUUCAAUCGGUCUCGGUGAGGUGAUCAAGCUGACGAGUCCUGAAGCCCUGAAGCCCUCCGUCGUUAACAUCACCGGUCCUCUCAUCCGCAUCCUCGGCGAUCGCUUCAGCGCCAACGUCAAGGUCUCCGUGCUGGACACGCUCGGAUUGCUGCUGGGGAAGGUGGGCGCCAUGUUGAAGCCGUUCCUGCCACAGCUGCAGACGACCUUCAUCAAGGCACUGAACGACCCGAGCCGGCUCGUGCGUCUGCACGCUGCCAACGCGCUCGGCAAGCUCAUCCUCAUCCACCCGCGCGUCGACCCGCUCGUCACCGAGCUCAGCACCGCCGUACGCACGGCAGACGACUCGGGCAUCAGGGAGACGACGCUGCAGGCGCUGCGUGACGUGAUAGGUGGCGCCGGCGAGCGGCUCAGCGACGGCAUCAAGAAUGGUCUGCUGUCAUUGCUCGUCGCCUACCUGCCGCACCCAGAGGACACCACCCGCAUGUCCGCCGCCGGCUGCCUCGGCGCCCUCUGCAGGCACCUGCCGGAAGUUGAGCUCCAGGCUCUACUAAUAGAGCAGCUGCUGGCAAACACAAGCACAGAUAGGAUUCCAAUAGCUCUGGCCGGCAUUCGAUCACUAGGCUUCAUCUUGCACUGGCAGUUACAGGAGGAUGUUCAGACUCUUCCCCAAGUCAUAUCAACUCUGGGCAAGUGCAUGAACCACUCAUCUAACGAGGUAAAGCAGGUCGCCGCACAGGUGUGCUCCUACCUGGCCCGCGGCCGCGCCCCCGCCUCGCUGCCGCUCCCCGCCAUCCGCUCGUUAGCGCCGAUGCUCGUUAACGGAACCAAGGAGAAGAACACGGCGGUGCGCUCCAGCAGCGAGCACGCGCUCGUCGCGUUGCUGAGGCUGCGCUCCGGCGACACCACCUACCAGGACGUGCUGGGGAUUCUGGACCCGGGACCGAGCGACUCACUGACCGACACGUACGCCAAGUCUCUCCGCAAGCUGGCCACACAGCAGGAGCCUCGCGAGGAGGAGAUAGACAACACACUGCUGCAGUAGCGCCAUCUGCUGGCCAGUAGACAACACGCUGCUGCAGUAGCGACAUCUGCUGGCCAGUAGACAACACGCUGGUGCAGUAGCGACAUCUGCUGGCCAGUAGACAACACGCUGGUGCA